CACCAACGAGCGUUCACCAGUGCAUUCGAACGUCAGACUUGCACAAAAGCUUGACGACUCAAAAUGUCUCGGGGACCAGAGAGAUCACUUGAAAAUGAUACCGGGUGCACUUAGUCGCUAUCUACGAACCUCAUCACUGCGCGGAAGUCUCAGACGCAUCCCUCUCUCAAAUCAUCUCAUCUUUGUCUGCUAUUCGCCCUUCCAUACUCUGCGUCUUGUCUUGUGCUAUUUUUUUUGUCCAGUUCUCCUGAUUAACAGCGUCAGUUCUUCCUCCAUCAUCAAGUACUAAUCAGAAGUGUCCUUUCGCAAGCCCUCUAUCCGGGGGACUUUUUGGUUGCGAAGGGUAGAUGCCGAUAUUUCGAUGAGAGAGUCGCUCUCCUGGGACCUUGUGCCAGUCUCAUUGCCCGCGUGGGUUUCUCUGCCAUCUACUUCAAUGGCUGUGGAUUCUACAGCCACCCAAGCGCAUGAAUGUAGUGAGACCUUCACACCCUCAACUUGGCUCUGAGUGCUCCAAAUCUUCUUUUUUACCUUCUGCUCUUGAUGAAUUUCCGCUUCGCUCCCGCUCGCGGUACUGUGCGACAAGGAACGGGGAACAUCCUUGGGUGCUUCAAUCAUCCUCAACUUCGCAUCAUACACUUGGAAGGAGUGGCAUGAGUCGAGCAAGUUUCUCCUUUGAGUCGCUCGAGAGCCAUGUUGUGGGCGACUCGG